GGGGGCGACGGGGGCGGGGACGGGGGCGCCCCGGCCUAAGCGGCACUAGGAGGGCGCGCCACCCGCUUCCGCUGCCCGCCGGGGAAUCCCCCGGGCUGGCGCGCAGGGAAGUUCCCGAACGCGCGGGCAUAAAAGGGCAGCCGGCGCCAGCGCGCCACCGCUCUGCAGCUCGUGGCAGCGGCGCAGCGCUCCAGCCAUGUCGCGCGGCCUCCAGCUUCUGCUCCUGAGCUGCGCCUACAGCCUGGCUCCCGCGACGCCGGAGGUGAAGGUGGCUUGCUCCGAAGAUGUGGACUUGCCCUGCACCGCCCCCUGGGAUCCGCAGGUUCCCUACACGGUCUCCUGGGUCAAGCUAUUGGAGGGCGGUGAAGAGAGGAUGGAGACACCCCAGGAAGACCACCUCAGGGGACAGCACUAUCAUCAGAAGGGGCAAAAUGGUUCUUUCGACGCCCCCAGUGAAAGGCCCUAUUCCCUGAAGAUCCGAAACACUACCAGCUGCAACUCGGGGACAUACAGGUGCACUCUGCAGGACCCGGAUGGGCAGAGAAACCUAAGUGGCAAGGUGAUUUUGAGAGUGACAGGAUGCCCUGCACGGCGUAAAGAAGAGACUUUUAAGAAAUACAGAGCGGAGAUUGUCCUGCUGCUGGCUCUGGUUAUUUUCUACUUAACACUCAUCAUUUUCACUUGUAAGUUUGCACGGCUACAGAGUAUCUUCCCAGAUUUUUCUAAAGCUGGCAUGGAACGAGCUUUUCUCCCAGUUACCUCCCCAAAUAAGCAUUUAGGGCCAGUGACUCCUCACAAGACAGAACUGGUAUGAGCAGGAUUUCUGCAGGUUCUUCUUCCUGAAGCUGAGGCUCAGGGGUGUGCCUGUCUGUCACACUGGAAGAGAGAAGAAUGAGCCUACGCUGAAGAUGGCAUCCUCCUGUGAAGUCCUUCACCUCACUGAAAACAUCUGGAAGUGGAUCCCACCCCAUUUUCUGUGGGCAGGCCUCGAAAACCAUCACAUGACCACAUAGCAUGGGGCCACUGCUGCUUCUCCAUGGCCACCUUUUCAGCGAUGUAUGCAGCUAUCUGGUCAACCUCCUGGACACUUUUUCAGUCAUAUAAAAGCUAUGGUGAGAUGCAGCCGGAAAAGGGUCUUGGGAAAUAUGAAUGCCCCCAGCUGGCCCGUGACAGACUCCUGAGGACAGCUGUCCUCUUCUGCAUCUUGGGGACAUCUCUUUGAAUUUUCUGUGUUUUGCUGUACCAGCCCAGAUGUUUUACAUCUGGGAGAAAUUGACAGAUCAAGCUGUGAGACAGUGGGAAAUAUUUAGCAAAUAAUUUCCUGGUGUGAAGGUCCUGCUAUUACUAAGGAGUAAUCUGUGUACAAAGAAAUAACAGGUCGAUGAACUAUUCCCCAGCAGGGUCUUUUCAUCUGGGAAAGACAUCCAUAAAGAAGCAAUAAAGAAGAGUGCCACAUUUAUUUUUAUAUCUAUAUGUACUUGUCAAAGAAGGUUUGUGUUUUUCUGCUUUUGAAAUCUGUAUCUGUAGUGAGAUAGCAUUGUGAACUGACAGGCAGCCUGGACAUAGAGAGGGAAAAGAAGUCGGAGAGAGUGACAAGAUAGAGAGCUAUUUAAUGGCCGGCUGGAAAUGCUGGGCUGACGGUGCAGUCUGGGUGCUUGCCCCCUUGUCCCACUAUCUGGCUGCGUGAUCUUGAGCAAGUUCCUUCUGGUGUCUGCUUUCUCCAUUAUAAACCACAAGGCUGUUGCAUGGGCUGAUGAAGAUCAUAUGCGUGAAAAUUCUUUGAAAACAUAUAAAGCACUAUACAAAUUUGAAACUCCAUUGAGUCAUUAUCCUUGCUAUGAUGGUGGUGUUUUGGGGAUGAGAGGGUGCUGUCCAUUUCUCAUGUUUUCCAUUGUUUGAAACAAAGAAGGUUACCAAGAAGCCUUUCCUGUAGCCUUCUGUAGGAAUUCUUUUGGGGAAGUGAGGAAGCCAGGUCCAUGGUCUGCUCUUGAAGAGUAGCCUAACAUACUCCAAGAUACGGACACACGGGAGCCACUGGCAGUAGCCUAACACACUCCAAGAUAUGGACACACAGGAGCUACUGGCAGAAGGGACUUCACGAAAUGUUGCAUGGAUGUUUUAGCCGUUGUUGGGUUUCUCUUAUCAAACUUGGGCCCUUCCCUUCUUGGUUUCCAAAGGCAUUUUAUUGCUUGAGUUAUAUGUUCACUGUCCCCCUAAUAUUAGGGAGUAAAAUGGAUACCAAGUUGAUUUAGUGUUUUUGCCUCUGUCGUGGCUUUCAUGUUAUUAAACGUAUGCAUGUGAAGAAA